AUGGCCGUACCAAAUACUCCUCAGCAUUAUAUUGAGUGUGAAAUGUGUGAAGAAAACUGUCUGUACCACUGCAAUUCAUGUUACGUGAGACUGUGUGAAAAGUGUCGUGAAACACACAAAAUAAAUCCGUACACCAAAGCCCAUGAUAUUGCAUCCAACGAUGUACUGGAUGACAUUCAGGAUGAUGUCACUAAAGCAAAAAAGAUGAUUGAUGAGACAAGAAGAAAACUUAAAUUGGAAACAGAGGUUGUUAAACGUGAAAUUGAAACAGCAUUAUCCGAGAAAAUGGCCCAAUUAGAGAAAAUAGAGAAGGAUACACUCGAAGACUUGUACACACAAAGCAAGGCAAUGACUGAUUACAUUUCUUAUCUCAAUGGACUUGCAAAGAAAUAUCAGUUCAAACUUGCAAAUAAAGACCCGGAAUAUCUCGUUCGAAAUGAGGCAGAGGAGAUAAAACCUAUCCCAAGGACGUUAAAGCCUGCCUAUCCAACAGUGAUCGCUGGAACCUUCUACAAAGCUGAUGUUCUGAGGGCUUUGAGUAAAAUCGUCCCUAAUGUGUCAAUAGAAAAAAGAAAUAUUCGGAGAUUGUAUAGUCAGAAGACCCUCUCCCAUCUUCAGUUUCUGAAACAAAACCAGAGAGAUAUGAUUAACCCUAGGCCUGGUAAACGGUGGAAAAUGUCCAACUUUGUCACUGAGGCAAGGGGAAUCACUGUUCAAGGUAUGAAAAAUAUUCUUCAUGUCUCUAAAGAUAAUGCAAACAGAUUCUGGGUCAGCGAAUUUGGUGGGAAUCUUGUGCAGACUGAUAUAAAGGGAAAUCGGCUGUGGAGCAUAAGCAUUAGUGGAACAGGAGGAGCUUGCCAUACAGUGACAAUGCACGGCAAUCUCUUAUUUGUAGGAAAGGAAAACAAUAUUAUCUACAAAAUAUCAGAUGACAAGAUUAUAAAAUUCAUACACUCAAAGGACUGGACUGCGCUUAGCAUUUACGCCUCAUACAGAAAUGAGGACAUACUAGUGGGAAUGAUUAAAGAUAAUACUGAAACAAAUGAUGCUAAAGUUACAAGGUACAGCAAAACGGGAAAGAAAAUUCAGGAUAUAAAGAAUAAAUGCUGGACACGAAUACUGUACAAAUUUCCAGUUUACCUUACAGAGAAUAUUAAUGGAGAUGUCUGUGUAUCGGAUGGGCGAAGGGAGGCAGUGGUGGUUGUAAAUAAAGCAGGAAAAUAUCGAUUCUCCUACACAGGUCAGCAAUCAAAUUCAGAGUUCUCACCGUGCGGAAUAUGUACUGGCACCCUCGGCCACAUUCUGAUUUGUGAUCCAAAGAGUUAUUCAAUUCACCUCUUGGACAAGGACGGUUUGUUCCUUUCUCUAUUGAACAUUGGUCAAUCAGGUUUGAUCAAACCUUGUGGACUGUGUGUGGAUUUGGAGAACCAGCUGUAUGUUGGAUACUAUGAUAGCAAUACACUGACAAGAUACACAUUGUACAAAUACUAA